AUGAAUGAAAUGAGGAACAAUGCCUCAUGGUUCUCCCUUGUCUUAUUCUUGUCCACUUUUGUUUUAAUAAGUCUGCUACCACGAGUUCAAUGUGCAGAAGGGGGUGAUACUCUUGCACCAUCAUUUUACACGGAAGAAAUCUACAAGGAACUUGAAGGUCUUACUACGGCUUUAACCAAGGAUAUCAAGGAAGAUUUAAACUUCUGCAUAAAGGAUGUGGAGAAAGACUGGGAGGAAGCCUUUGAUUUUAAGGGAAAGUUGGAUUUUGUAGAUGCUUGUGUUAAGCAAAAAGGUGAUUUCAGAGAUCGAAUGUGUACCACAGCUGAAAUAAGGUACUACUUCAACAGUUUCUUCGAACAGGGGGGCUCAUCUGCCAGUUAUGUAAAACCUAACAAGAAUUGCAAUUUGACUUCAUGGGUUUCUGGUUGUGAACCUGGUUGGAGUUGUAGUGCUGGCCAGAAAAUUGACCUGAAAAAGGAUACAAAGGAUAUUCCUGAUAGAAUUAAUAACUGUCAACCUUGCUGUGAGGGGUUUUUCUGCCCUCAGGGAUUGACUUGCAUGAUAACUUGCCCACUUGGUUCUUAUUGUCCACUUGCAAAACUGAACCAAACAACUGGAGUAUGUGACCCAUACAGUUACCAGUUACCUCCAGGAGAAGCAAAUCAUACUUGUGGUAGUGCUGAUAUUUGGUCUAGUGUUGUGAACAAUAGUGAUAUCUUCUGUUCUCCAGGAUCAUACUGCCCUUCUACCACGCGCAAAGUUUCUUGUGAUAGAGGAUAUUACUGCAGGAUGGGUACAACUCAUCAAAAUCCAUGCUCUUCGUUGAGUUCCUGUGAUCCAAACACAGCAACGCAAAAUAUGCAAGCUUACGCCGCUUUGCUUAUUGUUGCUUUGAGUACUGUCCUGAUCUUCAUAUAUAACUGUUCUGAUCAAGUUCUAGCUACUAGAGAAAAAAGGAAGGCUAUGUCAAGGGAAGCUGCAGUAAAACAUGCAAGAGAAACAACACAAGCUCGUGAAAGGUGGAAAAUAGCAAAAGAUGUCGCUAAGAAGGGUACAACGGGAUUGCAACGCCAGUUGUCUCGCACCUUUUCUCGUAAAAAAUCUGUAAGGCAAGGAGAGCAAUUGCCUACAAGCAAAGCUGAUCUUUCAUCUGAUGGUUCAAAUGCCACAAAGAAGGAACCUAGCAACCUCACUAAAAUGUUGAACUCCCUUGAGGAUGAUCCUAACAACAAUGAAGGAUUUGACCUGAAAAUUGGAGAUAAAAAUAUUAAAAAGAAGAUGCCAAAGGGAAAACAGUUACAAACUCAUAGCCAAAUUUUAAGGUAUGCUUAUGGUCAGAUUGAGAAGGAGAAAGCUCAGCAAGAGCAAAACAAGAACUUGACUUUCUCAGGAGUAAUUUCAAUGGCUACUGAUGGUGAGGUGAGGACAAGGCCUGUGAUUGAGGUUGCAUUCAAUGAUCUAACUCUCACUUUGAAAGGGAAAAACAAACAUCUACUGAGAUGUGUGACCGGUAAAAUCAUGCCUGGUCGAGUUUCAGCUGUCAUGGGUCCCUCGGGAGCUGGGAAAACAACAUUUCUUUCAGCUUUGGCAGGAAAAGCAAGAGGAUGCACUAUGUCAGGCUCAAUUCUAAUUAAUGGAAAACCUGAAUCUAUUCACUCCUACAAGAAAAUUACUGGUUUUGUGCCACAAGAUGAUAUUGUGCAUGGAAACUUGACAGUUGAGGAAAAUCUUCGUUUCAGUGCAAGAUGCAGACUGCCUGCGGCCAUGCCAAAACCAGAUAAGGUUCUAAUUGUUGAAAGAGUAAUUGAGUCCUUGGGACUCCAACCAGUGAGGGAUUCUCUAGUUGGAACGGUAGAGAGGAGGGGCAUAUCUGGAGGGCAAAGAAAACGUGUUAAUGUAGGGGUGGAGAUGGUGAUGGAGCCUUCGUUAUUAAUCUUAGAUGAGCCUACAACUGGUUUGGACAGUGCAUCUUCCAGUUUACUGCUCAAAGCGCUUCGACGUGAAGCCCUUGAAGGGGUAAACAUAUGCAUGGUACUUCACCAACCAAGCUAUACUUUGUUCAGAAUGUUUGAUGAUAUAAUAUUUCUGGCCAAAGGUGGCCUUACUGCAUAUCAUGGUCCUGUUAAAAAAGUAGAAGAAUACUUUGCUGGCAUUGGAAUCCCUGUACCAGAUCGUGUGAAUCCUCCAGAUCAUUUCAUUGACAUUCUAGAAGGUUUAGUGAAACCAAGUUCAGGUGUAACUCAUGAACAACUUCCUGUCAGAUGGAUGCUUCAUAAUGGAUACGCAGUACCACUGGAUAUGCUUCAUUAUGCUGCUGAAAUUUCUGCAUCUUCAUCUGACUCAAAAGCAGCUGAAGCAACAAAGGGUACUGAGGAAGCUGCUGAAAAAUCCUUUGUUGGAGAGUUUUGGGAGGAUUUGAAGAGUAAUAUUCAGACUCAACGAGAUCGCAUAGAGGCAAUCUUCUCAAGAACGAAGGACUUAUCUAACAGGACAACUCCUGAUGUAACCCGGCAAUAUAGAUACUUUGUUGGCCGGAUUGGCAAGCAGCAGCUGCGAGAAGCAAAAUUACAAGCAGUCGACUAUCUCCUUUUAUUGGUUGCUGGUGCUAUCUUAGGAAUUCUUACUAAAGUGAAUGAUGAAACAUUUGGGUCCCUUGGCUAUACAUAUACUGUCAUAGCUGUCUCUCUACUUUGCAAGAUUGCAGCUCUGAGAUCAUUUUCUCUAGAUAAAUUACAAUACUGGAGGGAGAGUGCAGCUGGGAUGAGCAGUCUGGCACAUUUUCUGUCCAAAGAUACAAUUGAUCUUUUCAAUACAAUCAUCAAACCAUUGGUUUAUCUGUCCAUGUUCUAUUUUUUUAGCAAUCCAAGGUCAAGCUUUGCAAGUAAUUAUAUAGUUUUGCUUUGUCUUGUGUACUGCGUGACUGGCAUGGCUUAUGCAUUAGCCAUUUUCUUUGAGCCUGGUCCUGCACAGCUGUGGUCAGUGCUUCUUCCAGUCGUUAUGACUCUCAUUGCCAACCAGAACAGAGAUACUGCAUUUAUGAAGACUCUUGUACAAUUUUGCUAUCCAAAAUGGGCUUUGGAGGCCUUUGUCAUUGCAAAUGCUGAAAGGUACACUGGAGUGUGGCUGAUAACUCGUUGUGGUUCGCUUAUGAGCAGUGGCUAUAAUCUCAGCGAAUGGCCUAUUUGUCUAGUUGCCCUCAUUUUGUAUGGUAUAGUGGCCCGAUUUGUGGCCUUCUUUUGUCUGGUGAUUUCCCAAAAUAAAUGA